AUGGUGGUGCUUCCAGUCUCUGUUGCUGGCCUUGGCUUCUAUUAUGGUCCUUACCUUGACCCUUGCCCUGCUGGCUUCCCACUAGGGCACUACAACACUCUGCGGCUCUAUGACCAAACUUGUGGCAGUGAAAACAAGCACCAUAAAAUCUAUGUUGUUUCGGCAUUCUCCAGUCCUGCUGCGAUUUCAGACCCUUGUCCUGCUACGAUUUCUGACCCUUGUCCUACUGUCCUCCUUCCUGUGUGUUGUGGGCUUCUAACUUGCUCUGUGGUUCUGUCAACAACUGGUGGUGGCGAUGGUGUAACCGUCUAUGAUGUCUCUAUAAUAGUCACGUUUGGUGUGACUGGUGGUGGAACAUCAUAUGAAGGUUGUGUUGGUCGGCUAUGGAAACUAAAAUGUUCUCUUGAGAUAUAUUCUAGGGAAAAUGGUUUUUUCUUCUUUAAAUUUGGAAGUAAGGAGGAAUUAAACAGAGUUUUGAAUGGAGGGCCUUGGUUAUUUGACGGAAGGCUAAUUAUCUUAAAAAAGUGGUCUGAAAACAUUGGAUUAGAAAGAGAACUCCUUAACUCAGUUCCAGUUUGGAUUAGACUUCCAGCUCUGCAUCUAAAGCUUUGGUCUAAUAAUAUUAUUGGUCGUAUUGCUAGUAUUGUGGGUAAACCUCUUUAUAUAGAUCAAGCGACAGCAUCGGGGGAAAGGCUAGCAUAUGCUAGAUGUUUUGUGGAAAUUUCAUCUAAAGCUAAGCUACCAAAUUAUAUAAGGAUGGAUUUAGGGAAUGGAGAUUGGUUGGAAACUGCCGUUGAGUAUGAAUGGAUUCCACCUAAAUGUGUUAAAUGUCAGAAUUUUGGCCAUGUUGAACAUCAGUGUCCAGUUGUUAUAGUUGAGAAGUGGGUGGCUAAAACAACAUUGAAUGAAACAGGGCUUGGAGAAUCUAUGAUUAAACAUAAUGAAGGCCUAAUAAAUGAAGAUGCUGUUAUUAAUAAAAGUCAGAUAAAUGUUGAAGCUACAAAUAAUGGAAGUAUAAUUCAUGCCAUUAAUGAAGAUGAUGUUGCCAUUAAUGAUGUUCUUUCGGAUUCUGAGGAUUUUUCUGAUCGAGAGUUGGUGUCUCAUAAUGAUGAAAGCCAAGCUAAAAAGGAUAAAUUAAAUGCCCAAGAGUUAUCUAUGAAAGAUAAAUCUCCUUACACUGAUACAACUGAUACCCUGGAAGCAGAGCUGCCACAGAAAUCUGAUACUAUGAACAAGGUUGCUGUUAAUAGAAACAAUUAUGAUUUUAUUCAUGAUCCUCAACAAUCUGUCUCUGCUAAUAUCUUAGAAGAUAUACCAGGUUCCUCUGACAUUACAGUUACAGAUGUUCCUAUUACUGAGAAUAAAUCAGAACAGACUAAAAAUAAUGCAGUUUUUUUGGAUUCUUUGCAAUCUGAUGGGGAUAAUUCAAAAGAGAAAGGAUUAGAUUUUACUAUUGCUGUUGAUAAUCCUGACUGGAUAACAGAAAAAGACCAGCUGAUUAUGAAGAAGAAAAGCCAGGUCAAAGUGAAUAAAGACCCCUCAGAGACAAAAGUCAAAUCAUCUAAAGCUUACAGAAUUACUAAAUGUAUUCCUGCUCAUUGGUCUUUUUGCAACAAUUAUUUUGCUUCUGAUAGAGGUAGAAUCUGGGUGGUAUGGGAUUCUGAUGUCUGGAAUGGUGAUGUAUUAUCUGCUACUUUACAAGUUAUAACCAUUAGACUUCAAAACAAAGGAGGUUUCAACUUAUUGUUGAGUGUCAUUUAUGGGGAAAAUUCAGAAUCUGCAAGAUUAUCAUUAUGGGCUGAUAUUAGAGACAUCUAUGAUAAAUUUAAAUCAAUGCCAUGGUUGCUUGUGGGGGACUUCAAUGUUUGUAGAUUUACUACAGAAAAAAUUGGAGGUAGACAUCUUACUGUUAAGAAACUCCAGGAUUUUAAUGAUUGUAUUCAAUCAUGUGGUCUAUCUGAUAUCAAGAGCACUGGUUCUCUAUGGACAUGGCAUAAUAAACAACAAGGUCAAGGCAGAAUAUAUGGUAAAUUGGAUAGAGGUCUGGGAAAUACUAAAUUGUUUGAUCAAUUUCCUCAAGCCUUUAUAGAAUAUAAGAGUACUUCAACUAGUGACCAUACUCCAGCGCUCCUUCAUCUGACACCCAAAUUACAGUCUGGACCAAAACCUUUCAGAUUUUUUAAUUUCUGGAUGCAAUGUCAGGGUUAUGAAGAUAUUCUCAGAUGUGUUUGGAACAAACAUUACACAGGUUCUCCUAUGUUUAUUUUGGUUUCUAAACUUAAGGAUCUUAAACUGACAUUGAAGCAAUGGACAAAUCAGUCUGAUAUAUCUCCUAAAGCUAACAUUAUGAAGCUUAAAAACAAAUUGGAUAUCAUUCAACAGAAGCUAAAUCAGGACUUUCAUAAUGAGGACCUACAGGACUCAGAAUCUGCAAUAAUUACUGAACUAGAUGGUUGGCUAUGUAGAGAAGAAGAGGAAAUGAGGCAGAAGAGUAGACAACUAUGGCUUCAGCAAGGAGAUAAAAACACUCUAUUCUUCUAUAAUGCUAUCAAGCAUAGAAAUUCUACAAAUUGUAUCAGACAUUUUACUGCUCAAAAUGUAUCACAUAUCACUUCAAAUGACAAUAUUAAACACAUUGCUGCCAGCUUUUAUGAAGAUCUUUUCAAUCAAACAUCUUACUGGAAUGUCUUUCCUAAAUUGACAGUAAAGAGGAUUCUGACUGCUGAGUCUAAACAAUGGUUAGUUCAGGAAGUUAACUACAAAGAGAUUAGAAAUGCCCUCUUCCAAAUGAAUGCAGAUAAGGCUCCAGGACCAGAUGGCUUCAACGCAUAUUUCUAUCAACAAAAUUGGAACAUGAUCAGUGGUGAUGUUGUCUUGGCAUUGCAAUCUUUCUUCAAAUCUGGUACAAUUCUUAAGCAGAUCAAUCAUACAUUUCUCACUCUUGUACCGAAAUCAAAGGAAGCUACUUCCAUUCAAGAUUACAGACCUAUUUCAUGUUGCAAUGUCAUUUAUAAGAUUAUUACUAAGAUUCUGGCCAAUAGAUUAAAGAUGGUGAUUGGGGAAUUAAUUUCAAAGAAUCAGCAUGCUUUUCUUCAGGGGAGACAUAUUGGUGAGUGUUCUUUACUUGCUCAUGAAUUACUUAGAGAUUUCAAUAGGAAUCAUGGCAAGAGAGCCUGUUUUAAAAUUGAUCUUCACAAGGCUUUUGAUAGCAUCAACAGGGAAUUUGUAUACUAUGUUAUGCAUUGUAUGGGCUUUCCUGUUAAAUGGAUUUCUUGGAUCAGAGCAUGUCUUUCCACUCCUUCCUUUUCUAUCCUCUUAAAUGGUUCCUCCUCAGGUUUUUUUAAAAGUAAUAGAGGUAUUAGACAAGGGGAUCCUCUAUCUCCUUAUAUCUUUGUUAUGGUCAUGGAAUUUUGGUCUAUUGGUAUGGAGCUAGCAGUUAUCUCAGGGAAAAUACAGAAUUUUAAAACUCAACAUGAUCUUCAAGUCUCUCAUAUAUUGUUUGCAGAUGAUAUGUUGGUUUUUUGUAGAGCAAAUAAAAAAUCUUUUGAAGAAAGAAAAGCAAAUUAUAUUUCAGCAAAGGAUGCAACUGUAAAUAAUCUGUUGGAUACUAUGGCUUUGAAUACUGGACUGUGUAUAAACAGAAAGAAAAGCAAAUUAUAUUUCAGCAAAGGAUGCAACUGUAAAGGAGUGUUAAGCUCUAUUGUGGGAAUUUCAAUAGGGACUCUUCCUAUGAAAUAUUUAGGAUUACCUUUAUCUGCAAAAUACCCAAAAACAAAGGAUUUUCUUCCACUUAUUGACAAGGUCAGACAUAAGAUUGAAGCUUGGAUGUCUCAUUCUUUAUCCUUUGCAGGUCGUCUAGAACUCAUCAAAUCAGUAUUAUUCAGUACCUCUACUUACUGGUAUUUUGUAUAUAAAUUCCCUCAUUCCAUUAUACAAAACCUGGAAUCUAUCUUUGCAAAUUUUCUUUGGUCUGGACAGUUUCAUGCUAUCAACUGGAAGGAAGUUUGUCGACCAAAACAGGAAGGGGGAUUUGGUCUGAGAAGAUUGAAGGAUCUAAGUCAAGCAGCUGCCCUUAAAUUGAUAUGGAGACUUCUUACAGCUAAUUCUCUUUGGACAAACUGGAUGAAUGUCAGAUAUAUCAGGGGAGACAAUUUUUGGGAAUCUAAUACAAAUCUGUUGGAUUCUGGAACCUGGAAGCAUAUAUCUAGUCUCAAAAAUCAAGCUCUGAAAUGCAUUAUGAAAUCUAUUGGGAAUGGAGAGACCACUUCCCUUUGGUUUGACCCAUGGUUACAGGAAGGAAGAAUUAUUGAACUACUACAUUAUCUCACUCCUCAACACACAGACACUACUACUUGGACAGUCUCUCGUAUCAUCCAAAAUUCUCAAUGGAAUAUCAUACUGCCAUGCCUUAAUCCUCUGAUAUCAUCCAUUACUAAUAUAUCAGUUUCAGGUCAGAAAGAUCAAUGGAUAUGGUUGCAUACAGGUGAUGGUGAUUUCUCCUUUUCUUCAGCUUGGAAUCAAGUUCGUACAUCCUAUGACAAAUUUGAGCUUUACAAUGUGGUAUGGUUCCCAAACUCAAAUCCUAGAAUGUCUUGUUGCAUGCUCAGAAGUUUAUGUAACAGGUUAGCUACAAGAGACAGACUAUUCAAAUUUGGUAUAACUUCAAUAGAAGUCUGUGCUCUUUGUAAUUCAUACAAGGAGACUAGGGAUCAUUUAUUCUUCCAAUGUCAAUAUUCAGCAUAUAUCUGGAAGCUAUGUAAACUGAAACUGCAAAUGAAAAUUACUGAUGUUAAGGAUCUUAAGACAGAAGCCCUGGAAAUCCAACAAAAGUUCAAGAAGAAAGAUAAUACCUAUAUCUUGGCUAGAUUAGCACUAAAUGCAACUGUUUGGCAUAUUUGGCAGGAAAGGAAUAAAAGAAUUUUCCAUGAUCAAAAACUACAUAAGAUUAUGGUGUUUAGGAGAAUAUAUGAAGACAUUAAUAUUCUGCUUAGGACUUGCAAUUGGAAGGUUGGUAAUUCAGAUAUUCUAUCAAAUUGGAGCUAUGUAAAUCUGUGA